ACACUAAUGUUUAAAAUAAUCCAUAGAGAUUUUGAUUAGACCCAUGGCCUUCAUGUAUGAUAUGAUACACCCUUUUGUUUCUCUCUCUUACUAGAUUCUCUCUCUCAUCAUUCUUUAAUUUACCUUUAUCUCUCUCAACCCAUAUCCUCUGUUUUUUGCUCAUUCACACACACAUAUAUAUAAAUCCCAAUACCUUCCUCUGUUCUUUUCUUAAAAAAACACAGCAAAAUUAAAGAACAAUUUGCAAUUGAGGUAAUGAAGAUAAUGGGAAGAAGCUUCCAUGGAGAUGAACGAUGGGAAGAAGCUGAUAAAGAAGAGACUGAAAUUGAGGAAGAAGAAGAAGCAUUGUCUUUCUGUGACCUUCCUGUGAAAGAAAAGCAGCAGCCGAUGAGAUCGGCGUCGGCCGCCGUAGAAACAGAGGACUUUGAUUUCAACCACUGGCGACCGCCACCGCCGCCCAUGUUCGCCGCCGAUGAGCUCUUCUUCCAAGGCCAAAUGCUUCCUCUUCGCCUCUCUUUCAGCUCUGAAAAUAGCAACAAUAAUAAUAUUCAUCACUUGUUUGGUGGAAAUUUGUGGCAGAGGUCGGAAUCCAUGGAUCAUAAUAUGUUGAGGUUUGGAAAUGGAAGCAGUAGUAGCAGUAGUAGUAGAAGCCAUUAUUCCAGGUCAUCAAGUGUUAGUAAUAAUUCCGUUUCCAUUCCGACGAACUCAAAGGCAAGACCACAGAAGAACGUUUUCCACUCUCACCCAAGUCCGACGCCCCAAAUCAGAUCCUUCUCAAAUUCCAGCCACCGGAGCCGGAGUUCCUCCCGGUGGGAGUUUUUCCGACUCGGUCUUCUUCGAACGCCCGGAAUGGAGCUUCAUGACCUCAAAACACGCACCACCACCGCCGCCGCGGCCACGACGACGCAUAAAACAACCACCUCAAUUCUAGGUGUGGUGAGCUGCAAAAGAUCCGUCGAUACAGUAGCGACGACGGUGGCGAAGAAUAGAAGGAAUGAAAAUGUUAAGAAAAAUAAUAAAAAAGUGGAAAUUAGGGAAAAGGAGAAGGAAAAGGAAAAGGAAAAGGAAAAGGAAAGAAGGGUGUCACAUCGUCGAACAUUUGAAUGGCUAAAGCAGCUCUCGCAUGCAACCUUUGGUGAGGAACAAUAAUAAUAAUAAUAUUGAGCCGUUACGUUUAAUUUGACUUAUGAUAACUAAUUUUCCACUUUCCCAUGCUUGUACUACUUUUAAUCA